AUGAUUAAACAGCGAUUGUUACGUUAUUCUACAUCAGGUAUAACUAUAAAUGAUCCAUAUAAUAGUCUUAUAACAAAAUGUACAAUAAAACCAUCAAAUACAAAAUCAAAUGCUCCUUUAUAUAAUACAACUUAUGCAUUAAAAGAUAAUAUAGUAGAUAAUCAAACAACAUCAACAGCUGCAUCAGAAACUUUAUUUAAUUAUAAAUCUCCAUUUAAUGCAACUGUAACUGAAUUGUUAUCACAAGAUGGUUCAACAUGUAUUGGAAAAGCUAAUUUAGAUGAAUUUGGAAUGGGUUCAUCAAAUCAAAAUUCAUAUUUUGGAAAAGUUAUUAAUCCAUAUGAUAUAGAAACUGUACCUGGUGGAUCAUCAGGUGGUAGUGGUGCAGCAGCAGCUGGAGGAUUAUGUGAUUUUGCAAUUGGAACAGAUACUGGUGGAUCAGUUAGAUUACCAGGUAGUUAUUGUAAUGUAUUUGGAUUUAAACCAAGUUAUGGAAGAAUUUCAAGAUGGGGUGUUAUACCAUAUGCUCAAACUUUAGAUACUGUUGGGAUUUUAAGUAAAGAUUUAGAAAUGAUUGAAAAAGUUUAUAAAGUUUUAAAUGUUGAAGAUAUAAAAGAUCCAACAUCAUUACCUAAUGAAGUUAGAAAUUCAAUUGAAAAAACUAAAACAACUAGAAAUUUAACUAUUGGUAUUCCAAAGGAAUUUUUUAUUGAAGAAGUUUCAGAAAAAGUUAAAAAUACAUGGAUUAAAGUAAUUGAAAAAUUUAUAGAUUUAGGUCAUACUGUAAAAACAAUAUCUAUAGAUUCAAUUAAAAAAACAUUACCAGCAUAUUAUAUAUUAGCCACCACAGAAGCAGCUUCAAAUUUAGCAAGAUAUGAUGGUAUAAGAUAUGGCUAUACAGAACGACCAGUAAAUGUUAAUGAUAAUCCAAUGCAAUUAAUUUAUGAUAAUAGAUCAAAUUCUUUAGGUGAUGAAGUCAAAAGAAGAAUCUUAUUGGGUAAUUAUACAUUAGGUUCAGAUUCUGGUAAUCAUUAUUUACAAGCAACAAAAGCAAGAGAAUUAUUAACAAAACAAAUAUCAUCAUUUUUUAAAAAUAAACAUGUUUUUUGGCCUGAACUACAAAAACAAAAAGAUAUUUGUGAUUUAUUAGUGGUUCCAACAGCAAUGGAUGUUGCACCUAAUUUCGAUUCAUAUUUAUUGGAAUCAAAAGAAAAUGUUUUAAAUGAAUAUGUAAAUGAUGUUUUCACUGUUCCUGCUUCUUUAGCAGGUGUACCUACAAUUUCAGUCCCAUUUGAUGGUGUUGGUAUACAAUUAAUUGGACAAUUUGGAGAUGAUGAAUUUGUAUUAAAAGUUGCAAAUGAGAUAAAGGAAUAA